UGCAGCCCCUUUUAACAUAAAACCAAAACAAACUCAUUUUUAUAUAAGUUCCAUUUGAUAUUUAAUAUUUUUAUUUAAACACAAAUGCCUCGAAAUCUAAAUGCAGAGAGGGACAAUCCCUGCCUCAAGGAGCAGGAAUUAUCGUUCAAAUGCCUCAACAAAAACAAUUUUGACCACGAGAAGUGCGAAGUUUAUUUUGCCAAUUAUAACAACUGUAAAGAGUUUUGGAACAAAGUUAAAAGUGAGCGGAGAGCCAAGGGACAAGCUCCAUAUUUACCGCCCUUGGAGGAACGCGAAGCGAUUAAAGCUGAAUAUAUGAAAGGAAAACCACAGCAGAGCUGAUAAAAUUAGCUAUUUAAGCACCUUUUUAACAAAUAAAUUAAGUGUACAUCAACUGCCAGAACUUGUAUAAAGAAAACACAUCUACCUACAGUCGAUAUACUGAAUUUCUAAAACAGAAAAUUCUUAUUUCAUUAAACCAUUUUCAAUUACUUUUUUAUAUUGUA